AUGAAGCUAGAUGACACACUUUGGGCGUAUCUAACCGCAUUUAAGACACCAAUUGGUACUUUACCUUAUAGACUAGUAUAUGGUAAGGCAUGUCAUCUUCCCGUGGAGUUGGAAUACAAAGCUUUUUGGGCAAUCAAGGAGCUUAACAUGGAUUCUAAGGUUGCGGGUAAGAAAAGACUUCUCCAACUCAAUGAGUUGGUUGAGUUUAGAUUGUCGGCGUAUGAUAGUGCACGAAUCUACAAGAAAAAGACCAAGAAGUGGCACGACAAGAGGAUCCUACCAAAAGAGUUUGUACCAGUUGAUAAGGUUCUACUCUUUAACUCUAGAUUGAAGAUUCUUCCAGGAAAACUAAAGUCUAGGUGGUCAGGCCCCUUCACUGUCACUAAGGUGAACAAGUUUGGUUCGGUUGAGCUAGUGAAUGAUAAAGGUGAAGAGUUCAAGGUGAAUGGCCAACUAUUGAUGGUGUAUCAUGAGGGCGCUACUGUAAUAGAUGUGGAGGAAACCCUCCUAACUCCACUUCCAUCUUGA